GUGAAGUACUCGUCAGGACUUGAAGUGAAGUUCGGCAAUGAGUUGACACCGACUCAAGUGAAGACCAAACCGGUAGUGGACUGGCCCGCAGACAACAGCUCCCACUACACACUCGUGAUGACAGAUCCCGACGCUCCCAGUCGUGAAGAUCCCAUGUUUGGUCAAUACAAGCACUGGUUGGUCAUCAAUAUUCCCGGCAAUAAUGUGGCAAAGGGUCGCACAUUAGCUAAGUAUAAGGGUUCGGGACCACCGCAGGGCACUGGACUUCAUAGAUACAUAUUUUUAGUGUACAAACAGCCAGAGAUUAUUAACUCAACGGAGGCGACAGUGGCCAGUGAUUCACUAACUGGUCGUCCAUUCUUUAAAGUACGCGAAUUCGCGAAGACUAACAAUUUGGGUGAACCCGCGGCCGUCAACUAUUUUCAGGCUAAGUUUGAUGGCACUCUCGGCUGA